GGAUUUAGAAAUGAAUUUAGAAAUCUCUUUACGGCGGCAAAUUCGUUUUACAUCAGUCUCAUGAAAGCCUUUCAGAAACAUCCCUCUGGAAUCUCCCAAAUAACUUUCCUAAUCCUAAUUUGCACACGAGAAGAUACGCGGACGUCAAAGAUGCAGAACCUAAAGGUCAUGAAGGGUCAGCUAAGGACUAAACUGAGAGAAAAGGUAAAACAACACUCUAAAAAAUGUCAUAGGCUAUAUGUUAAUUCACGCUGUUUAUUUGAAUCUAAUUAAACUCAUCGCGCGCAUGGAUUAGGCUUUGCUGCUUUUAAAUAAUAAAUUUAACGGAAUCAGCGAAAUUUAUUAAAUCAAAUAAAUGUUUAAACUAUUUUUACUGAAUCCAAUUUAUUAGCCUUUCUUUGUCGUAUUUAAACGUGGCUAUAGCGGAUCCUGGCUAAAUUGGUAGAUUAAAUCGAACAUGCUUAUAAUAGUAUAGCUAAACUCCUCAAAACGCUACAGAACAUGUCUUUUGAUCCAGCAGAUAAUGUCAGUAAUCCCUGAGUUUGAUCAGCCACUACUGUAUCAAACCCUUUAAUGCAGCUCUUGAAAUUGAGUUUUAAGGCACAACCUUAGAGAUGCCAUCCUGAUUUCAUAUUAAUUCACUCCAACUGUUAGCACGCAGGGAGCUCUUCCCAGCUAUUUGUCCUGGAGGAGCCCAGGGUGCCCUUUUGAUCAUUUCAAUCUCUCUCUGGUACAAUAGUUCUGAUUGGCUGAACGAGUAAGAAAAGGGAAAAUCUUUAAUUAAGCAGAUAAUCUCUUGUUGGGAUGAGAGGAGCUCCAUUUCAGAACCCCCUUGGCUCACACAUGAGACCCCCAGCCUCUGAAUCCUGGAUGUAGGUUAUAUAGAGCUCUUGCAGACCCCUCUGCUUUCCAAGGUGAAGAGAAGUCUGCCAGUCGCCUUUCUCAGGAUGUUCAUGCAUUUGGAGGUUUAUUAUUACGCUUUCAUCCUGAUGGCUCACAUGAAGUCUUGCUGCAGUUGGUCAGUGAAUAAUUUCCUGAUGACUGGCCCAAAGGCCUACUUGAUCUACUCCAGCAGUGUGGCCGCAGGAGCUCAGAGUGGGAUUGAAGAGUGCAAAUAUCAGUUUGCGUGGGACCUCUGGAACUGCCCGGAGAGGACUCUUCAGCUCUCCACCCACAGUGGACUCAGAAGCGCAAACAGAGAGACGGCGUUUUUCCAUGCCAUCAGCUCUGCUGGAGUCAUGUAUACCCUCACCAGGAACUGUAGCCUCGCUGACUUUGACAACUGCGGAUGUGAUGACACAAGGAACGGCCAAAGAGGUGGUCAGGGAUGGCUAUGGGGAGGCUGCAGCGAUAAUGUUGGAUUCGGAGAGGCCAUCUCCAAGCAGUUUGUGGAUGCUCUGGAAACUGGACAGGACGCACGAGCCGCCAUGAACCUGCACAACAACGAAGUAGGACGCAAGGCAGUGAAAGGAACCAUGCAGAGGACGUGCAAGUGCCAUGGAGUGUCUGGCAGCUGCACCACUCAGACCUGCUGGCUGCAGUUGCCAGAGUUUCGAGAUGUGGGUAACUACCUAAAGGAGAAAUAUCACAGGGCUGUGAAAGUGGACCUGUUGCGUGGCGCGGGCAACAGUGCAGCCAGCCGUGGCGCGAUUGCGGAGACCUUCAGCUCAAUCUCGCGCAAAGAGCUGGUGCACUUGGAGGAUUCCCCUGACUACUGCUUGGAGAACCGCACUCUGGGCUUGCCAGGAACAGAGGGCCGCGAGUGCUUGAGAAAGGGAAAGAAUCUGAGCAAAUGGGAGAAGCGUAGCUGCAAGCGGCUGUGUGGAGAGUGCGGUCUGGCUGUGGAGGAACGCAGGGCUGAAACCGUGUCCAGCUGCAACUGCAAAUUCCACUGGUGUUGCGCUGUAAAAUGCGAGCAGUGCCGCAAAAUUGUCACAAAGUACUACUGUGUGAAGAGAACCAAACGGGUCAAGAACGAUAGUGCCAGCCGUAGGAAAAGCUAUCGGUUGAAGAAGAAGCAUUAGAGAUGCCAUGAAGUGUUUGUUACAGUGGUCCAGAAGUUAAGCAGAUGUUUUUACAUCCUGAGCUUGAGAAUGAACUGAAACGUCCAUCUGAAUGCUUUAGUGAACACCUACACUCUUAAAAAUAAAAGUUCUUCAUUGACAUAUAUGGUUCCAUGAAGAAACUUUAACAUCUAAGUUUCUUCAGAUUUUU